AUGUUUUCCUUAUUGGAUGCCACAUCUUUGAAGAAGGUUGAACGAAAAUCAGGCUCCCAAGGUUUAGAACUGGUCAUUCCUGGUGGCGUUACUACACUGCUGACUCCUAAAAACGGGUUCCAGCAAAAACGAAUUAAGAGCCAAAGCUUUGUUGGGGGUAAGUUCAGAUCAAGAGACGGUUGUCUUUGUUGUCGUAAGAGAAAGAAAAGAUGUGACGAAGUUCACCCUGUUUGUGGAGCAUGCAAAACUAGAAAUGAUAACUGCGUUUGGCCAGACCAUGAUAAGUCCUCUGGAAAAAAAAAUACUCGAUCAAGUCAGCAACCAAGAGCCAAUCGUGGAUCUUCUGGCCCUGCAAUUGUGGUAGAUACCUCAAAUAUAAAUCAUGAACCAACGUUACAAAGUAUCCCUAGACCUGCUUUCACAUACUCAAAUGAGCCCAUGCCAGGUAACUCAAAUAAAAUGACUACUCGCUCCAAUUUAACAACCCCAACCUUUGAAGAAUUCGCAACUCCAACAAGUGAAAGUCCACCAAGUAAUAAUGACACAAGGAUAGAAUUGCCACCUAUCUCUCCUUAUAUUGCUGAUUCCUCAGGCAAUCAUUCACUCACUCGUGGAGGUCCACUUACUUAUCACAGGCAUUCCCACUCAGAGGGUACGUUAGGGUUCAGGCCAAAGCUUUCGAAUGCAUUUGGUCAAUCCCAUCAAACUUUACCUUUUACUGCUGAGUCUCUCAACACACCAAUUACAUCAGGUCCAUCUAGUGCAUUGAAGAUUACCAAACCAACGGUGACUGAAUCAGCUUUGGAUGACUUAUUUCGCAUUAGGUCAAGUAUUCCCUCGUAUGCUGCCUGCAAUCCUCACCCUUUCCUUGGAGAGAAGGGUAUUCGGUUUUUGGAUUUUUUCAAAUAUAAGGUUACUCGUGUGGUUGCCGUUAGUGGCGACGAAUCAAACUACUUCAUCGAAACCUUUCUCAAACUUUCCAUGAAAGAUGAAGCUAUUGCCAACCUCUUGGCUGCGUGGGGAGGUGUUUUCUUAAGGGGUUCCAUUAAUCAACCAGAAGUUGAGCAAUUCCGGCAAACGUCACUCCAGAUUUUGCGGACCACAUAUCUUAAUAGGAUGCAGUUUUUAACCAAAUACGAAUACUUUAUUGUUCUAUGUUAUUAUUCUGCAACGACUGGUAUGUAUAUCUGUGCUGGCGACAGCAAGCUUUGGUGGGAAAAUUUGUUGUUAACUAAAGACCUUGUUGAUGCAUAUGGGGGUUUCUAUAAACUAUGCCAGGAUUUAAACUGGUCAAAUGAUGCGGUCUUCUUAUGUUCCUAUUUUCAAUAUCAUGAUUUAACUCUGAGUGAUGCUCUUCUUAAGGGUACCCUUUAUCCAAUAUCAAAAUACCGUGAAGUGUUUGACCAUGUUGAUUACAAAGUAUUUGGUGUCAAUCCUUUGCAGGGAAUUAACCAGAAUGUUUAUGAAUUAUUGGGUGAAAUCAUGAACUGUAAAGUAAAGAUUCAUUUAGUUAAAGAAGAUGUUGACCAUUUACUUAAUAAGGCAGAGUCUUUUGGUUUCUGUGAAGAAUUCCAUAACCUGCAAUAUAAGGCGGGACGUGAAGGUCUCGUAACAUUAAAGGAAUCCCUAUUCCAGACUUUAAUUAUGAAAGUUGAUAAUUUACAAACUAUACAUGGGUUUUUAGUGGAGGACGACAAAACAGAAAAGCAAUUGCAUUUUAUGCUGUUUGAGUUGUACCGUAAUGUUUGCAGAAUUUAUUGCUACAUUUAUAUUAAGGAGUUGGCACCACUGGCCAAUUGUGUUCAGAAAUUGCUCUGGGAGACAUUGAACAUGAUUGAUGAUUUGGUAGAAUCCAAGAUGAUUGUUGUCAUGGUUUUGCCACUUAUUGCAUGUGGUAUUAUCGCAACAACUGCUUAUGACAGGUUUAAAAUUACUAAGACUUUCAAAACUUUAAUUUCUUCAUGUCAAGUCAAUAAUGUGGAGAAGGCUUGGGAGACAAUACAAGUGGUUUGGAGUUUAAAUCCUGAUGGUGUCAAAUAUAUUGACUGGUCUUCAAUAUGUAACGAACACAAUUGGCAUCUUUCAUCUGUGCCCUAUGCAGUCUACCCCCCUAUACCUGUGGAAUGUCUCGUUGGCGCGUUCAAGCGUCCGGGGAGAUACACCGAGAUCUUCUCUAUAGAAAAAGUUAUCAAGAAUUUUAGAAAGUUUCGUGAUUUUGAGUUUUUGACUUUAUUUUCUCAAUUUGUUAACACCAUCCAAUAUCACUUUCUACAAUGGAAACUUAAGACUCUGGAACCUUAUCAUUCAGGGGACUGGUUUUUUGGAUUUAAAGUGGUUCAUGAUCUCCUUCGGAUGAGAAGAGAAGGUACUUUAUUGAAAUACGUUACUGACCAAUACGAAACACUUGGGAAGGACACCAUUAAACUUUUGGUGGCAGGUAGAUACUCAAUUUCUACUCGUGAUCCGGAGAACGUUAAGGCAAUUUUGGCAACACAAUUCAAUGAAUUUGAAUUGGGACGUUUUGAGAAGGUGAUGCCUUUGUUGGGAUCUGGUAUAUUCAGUCUUGACGGACAAGGCUGGAAGCAUUCACGCCAAUUGUUGCGUCCUCAAUUUGCUAGAGAGCAAGUAGGGCAUGUACAAAUGUUGGAACCACAUAUUCAAACUUUGAAGAAGCAUAUAAUGAAAAAUGGAAAGCAGCCUUUUGAUAUUCAAGAAUUACUCUUCAGAUUCACUAUUGAUACUGCAACUGAAUUUUUAUUUGGAGAAAGUUGUGACUCUCUUAUGGAUGAGCUGAUUGGAAUGUCACCUCAAAACUCAUCUGGUGUUGGUAAUCAAGAAUUUGCUCAAGCAUUCAGUUACGCUCAAGUAUAUAUCAGUAAAAGGGUUAUGUUCGAUAAGUUUUACUUCCUCCUCAAUGGUAAGAAAUUUAAAGACAAUAAUAAGGUUGUCCACAAAUUCACUGAUUUCUACGUUAAUCAAGUCUUAGAUAUGACAUCCGAAGAAUUGGAGAAGAGGAGUGAAACGCAUUACGUUUUCCUCUAUGAGUUAGCUAAAUGUUCUCGUGAUCCACAAGUGCUUCGUGAUCAAAGUUUGAAUAUUUUGUUAGCUGGAAGGGACACAACAGCCGGUUUGUUGAGUUUCGCCUUCUAUGAGUUAGCCAGAAAUCCAGUAAUUUGGAAUAAAUUGAGAGAAGAAAUAACUCUGAAUUUUGGCUCAGAAGAUUCUGAGGACAUGAAUAUAAAAGGAGUUACCUUUGAAAGUUUGAAAAGAUGUGAAUAUCUUCGUGCAGUUGUAAAUGAGGCUUUAAGAUUAUAUCCAUCUGUCCCUCAAAAUUUCAGAGUGGCUAAUAAGAAUACUACUUUGCCUAGAGGAGGUGGCAAGGAUGGGAAAUCUCCCAUCCUUGUGAGAAAAGGUCAAAACGUUUUCUAUAAUGUGUAUUCAAUGCACAGAAAUCCUGCAGUAUAUGGUAAGAAUGCUGAAGAAUUUAUCCCAGAAAGAUGGUUUGAAUCAGAUGUUCGCAAUCUUGGUUGGAACUAUUUGCCAUUUAAUGGUGGCCCUCGUAUUUGUUUGGGUCAACAGUUUGCUCUUACUGAGGCAAGUUAUGUGAUUGCUAGACUUUCUAUGAUGUUUUCAAAGAUCCAAAGUUUCGAACCAACAUAUCCUCCUGUCCAAUUGAAUCAUUUAACAUUAUAUGUAAAGGACCACAAUCUUCUCACAUUAACUACAUAG